CUCUUCAUUCCUGUGUUGCCUCUGGCACUGUUGCUCAACCCAACCGAGUGUUUGAAUGGAGAGUGUGUUAGCAGAGGGGUAAAAUGUCUAAAAAAAGCCAAAAGAACGCGUAAGUGCGUCCUGAGAGGAGGAGCCGUUUUUCCUUUUUCACGAGGAGAGCCAGCAGUGAUGGAUCCGGAAGGCGGGAACCCAAAGACCUUCGUGUCUACUUUUCGUUUGGCCCUCAAGCCUCAGGCCAGAAGGGCCCGCGUGGAGACGCGAAGAGAAGAUGGACCGGAGGCCACUAAGGGGACGUCCGCGGGAAACGAAAAACUGGGAGUCUCAUCAGCAGCAGGCUCCAGGCCGGCAAACGUCCAGGCGCUCGCGGCGCCUCACUUCAGCGAAGCCCUCCGGGAGUGUUCAGUCCGCGAAGGAAGGGAUGCUUCUUUUCAAGGUGUCGUCACGGGAAGUCGACCUCUGAGCGUUUCCUGGCUGCACAAUGGGAAGAGGGUGCGCUCGAGAAAUACUUCCUUCCAAAAUGGCGUCGCCAGUCUGACUCUGACGCAGUGCUCACGCGGCGAUGCCGGGACGUACACCUGCGAGGCCGAGAAUACCGCCGGGAAGCGGUCGAGCAGCGCCGUGUUACAUAUCACAGAAACAAAGAAAAUCCUCGGAAUGAGCAGCCGUGACCUGCACAGUGAAGCCACAUGCCGGCUUGGGUCACCCGAAAGCAUUGAAUUAUCUUCAGCUUCUGAGGAGAGACGCCAGCGCAGUGAGGAAGAAGACAAAGCGUCUGCUGCACACCUUCAAACAAAAGUCUCCUCUCGUGCAGGACCUCCUGUGGAGUUUGUAGACCCGCCGGAGCAGGUGGAGGUUCGAGUCGGGGAGCAGGCCCGACUACGCUGCGCGUUCAAGAGCAGCUCCGUCCCCGUGGCCUGCUGCUGGAUUUACAAAAAAAACAAGGUGGUGGCCGCGGGGCCGAGGAUCUCCGUCCAGAGCAGUGAGACGCAGAGCGUCGUGGAGAUCUCGCGGGCCUGCCCGGAGGACACCGGCUCGUACACCGUCGUAGUGCGAACCGUGCACGGCUCCGCUCAGCACACCAUCCCGCUCAGCGUCAUUGACCGGCCCGCCCCACCAGCAUCCCAACCCGUCGUUUCCCAGCUGUGCACCGAGUCGCUGGUCCUCUCCUGGACGGGUCCCAGCUACGACGGAGGCACGGCCGUGCUGGGCUACAAGGUGGAGGUCCGGGAGGAGCAGGACGAGCCCGAGAGCUGGACCGUGGCAACCAGUCUUUGUAAAAACACAUCCUACCACAUCCGCUCGGGCCUCAGGCCUCUGGGUAGGUACCGCUUCCGCGUCAGAGCCUACAACGCCGCAGGGGUCAGCGAACCAAGCCAGGAGUCCCAGUGGGUCACGAUGGCGACUAAAAAAGAAGAAAAGAAGAAGAAGGAAGAGUCCGAGUCGUACAUCACAGUGACCAUUGACACCAAAAACAAGGUCAAAGACUUCUACAAUGUGCAUGAGAAGCUGGGAGUUGGAAAGUUUGGCCAGGUGUUCCGGAUGUCCCACAAAGAAACUGGUCACGUGGUCGCGGGGAAGUUCUACCGAGCCCGAACCUCCAAGGAGAGAGCCGCUGCUCGCAAAGAGAUGGCGCUGAUGAACCGUCUUCACCACCCGAAGCUGGUCCAGUGCCUGGCUGCCUUUGAAACGCGCCCCGAGGUGGUCAUGGUCUUGGAGUAUAUCGCAGGCGGGGAGCUCUUCGAGCGCAUCGUCGACGACAACUUUGAGCACACGGAGCCCACCAGCGCCCGCUACAUGCAGCAGAUCCUGGAGGGCAUGCAGUACGUUCACAAGCAGAACAUCGUCCACCUGGACCUCAAACCGGAGAACAUCGUCUGUGUGGACACCACUGGUACUCGGAUCAAGAUCAUAGACUUUGGCUUGGCCAGUGAACUGGAGAAGGGAAAACCUUUACUGGUGAUGCACGGCACGCCGGAGUUUGUGGCCCCUGAAGUGAUCGGCUAUGAGCCUGUGGGGCUGGAGACCGACAUGUGGAGCAUCGGAGUCAUCUGCUUCAUCUUGCUCAGUGGAGAAUCUCCCUUCCAGGGGAACAGCGAUAAUGAGACUUUGGCUCUUGUGACUGCCGCCCAAUUUGAGUUUGACCAGGAGAGUUUUGAGGACAUCUCUGAUGAUGCUAAAGACUUUAUCGGAAACCUCCUGAAGAAAGACCGCAGAUGCAGGUUGUCCUGUGCCGAGGCCCUCGCCCACCCUUGGAUGGCCUCUUUCACCCCGAUGAACCGCAGACCCACCAAGUCCCUCAAUAAGGGGAAGAUGAAACGCUUUCUGGCCAGGCGCAAGUGGAAGAAAACUGGUAAGGCUGUUUUGGCCCUGCAGCGGAUGGCUAAUCUCUCAAACAGGCCAGACUCUCCUGGCAGCUCCUCAGAGGAGCCAGGCUGGAGCCAAGAGGCAGAGGAGGCCAUCCAGUCUCUGGAUAAGCAGCUUCAGAGGGAGCCUCGCUUCCAGCAGGUCCUGAAGGACACCACCCUGCCCAGAGGAGGGACGGCUCGGCUUACGUGUCUCGUCAACGGUUACCCGCGGCCGGAAACUAAGUGGCUGCAGAAUGAGAAGCCGGUAUCCGGGUCGUGCAGAGCGACCGUGGAGCAGCACGAAGACGGGCUCUGCUCUCUGGUUCUGGCCGAGCUGCAGGCGUCUGACUCGGGGGUUUAUGUGUGCAGGGCCAGCAACCCGCUGGGGGAAGCAAUGUGCUCGGCCAAACUGACAGUGGAGAUGUGACCGUUCCUUCAUUCGCAAAAGGAGACUCGUGGGGGGGGGGGGGGGGCCUGGAUUCGGUCCGUUGUUCACUAGCACAUAAAAGGCUGAAUAAACAUAAUUUAAAGUCAAAAGGUCCACUUCAUCAUGCGGGUCUGAUAACGGGGGUUCAGACACCCAGAAAUCUUUUUUUUUUUUUUAUAGCAUCCAGCUACUCGUGCAAAUGAGUAGUUUGCAUGUUAAGCGAUCAAUGUACAGUGUUUUGUUACAUAGAAACCAGGCGAUAUUAUGACACGGUCCACUCAAAGUCGCAUGAAAAUUGUAUGUUUUUACACAUUUAAAAUGUUGUUUAUAUAACAGUUUUACACCAUUAAAGGGUCAACAUAGGAUAUAUUUUUGGUGGUUCAAAAAUUGUAUUUUUACAAAAACCUACAUCCCUUAAACUAAUGCCAAAUAAAGUUUAUGGACUCUCAA